CGUUACUCCAAUACAGGGGACAAUUCAGUUACGGUAUACGUGUACACGUUAUUUUGUACUACAAGGUAUUACAAAGUAGCGAUUUUGGUGGCUUAAGUGUUACCAAAGGGCGUGGUUGAAACGCACAGUCACAAACUGUUCCUGUAGGCUAAAGUAGCGCUGUGAAUUAACUGUAAUUGAUACAUAAUAAUCCAGCAAUUCAGAUGCAAACCGGGAUUACGCGCAUGAUGAAUAUAUAUUAAAGCCCGCAAACGACAACAGGGGGCGUUCGCAGCAUAGCGUAGAAAAUCUAUACAGCACACUCGAUGAGAACACUCUGUGAGGAGAGAAGCGGAAACGCGGCCAGUGAGAUACACUGUUAAAAUGAAAUAUGUCGAUCAGCUAUGAAGGAAAUAGCAGGUUCAAUUCAGGACAGCCAUGUUCCCUCAUCUAAAUAUUCGCAGUAGGCUGUUGAUACAGUGGAUAUUCCUUGUGUGGGAAUUUUUACAUGUAUUUGCAGAUAGUGCAUACUGCCCCGGUGCAUGUUUUUGCCCUUCUCUUACCAAAAACGUGUACUGUUCCAGAAAAAGCUUAUUGCAGAUUCCUAACGGAAUACCUGCCGAUACAAUUCAGCUAAAUCUUAACGACAACCCGUUUUCUGUGACAACUUUGCAGAGGAGUAAUUUCUCCUUUUACACCCGACUGGAACAGCUCUUUAUAAAAGGAUGCGGCAUCGAAUACGUUUCCUUGGAUUCAUUUGCCGAUUUACCAAAGUUAAAGUGGCUGGAUAUCAGCAAAAACCGUCUCAAGGCCAUUGAUGACUACACGUUCAGAGGGUUAACCCUGGAACAUUUGUUUUUAAAUGACAACCCGGGAAUACAAUUGUCCACAAACGCUUUUGGUGGACUUAGAACAACGGGAUUAUAUAUUCACGAAUGUGCCAUUUCUUCUCUUGCAAUCGAAGUUUUUAAACCUUUGAAUGGGACGUUAAAGGCUUUGUGGAUAGAUAAAAACAAGAUAGAAACUUUUGGAACAGAAUGGCUCUAUUUGUUUCGAAAACUAAGUCACGUAAGAUUGGGGAAUAACCCCUUUCAUUGCAACUGUGAGCUGAAAUGGCUGUUUGACUUCUAUAACAAUGAUCAAAACAAUCAAAACAAAAUACCAUCGAAAGAGGAGCCCUCUUGUCGAUCCCCACCUAAUUUAAGGGGCAAAGACUUCGGUGCUUUAACUGAAGAUGAUUUUACGUGCCAGUUGCCAGUGUUUAAAAACGUAGAUCUUAUAUUUGAAGAGAGCGUCGGUAAGUUAACGUGUCUUGCUAGCGGAGACCCGGUUCCUACCAUUCACUGGAUAAAGCCUGAUAAUUCAUCUGAAACAUUUCCACCCAAACCUAACCUUGUACAAAUCAAGGAUAAUGAGGGUGUGAUGUACAUCAGCAAUCCUCAUUCUGUGAGCAACGUCAAAUAUCAGUGUGUGGCCAGCAAUCCGGCGGGAAACGUCACGUUGUCCCUUAACGUUUUCUGGCCAACGCAUUAUCCACGUGACGUAGGGAUUCCCGAUACCCCCAAACCAGAAAAACCACCAACCCUUAAACCAACAACACAAGCCACAACACUCUCUGCUAAAAUAGAGGAGAAAAAUAGCAAAACUAUAUUUCAGAAACAACCCAAACCAAGUGAGAAAGUGUAUGUUAUUAAUGCAAAUGCUACAAAAGCAGGGAUGAGCAUGGAGCACCGUUUGUCUCCUUCUGAAGAGUCCCCGGAUUACACAGUGGUGGACAUAAUAGGCGCUGUCGUUGGUACAUUCAUUCUCACUCUCAUUGCGUGUGUCGUCAUUUUUCACUUUUUUUAUCGUCACCAUGAAAAGCUUUUUCGCGAUCACCCACCGCCGGUGAAUGAAAAAUCGCCCCCUGUGAACAAUUUCUCGCCGGCAGAAAAACUGCUUCUCCAGAAUAAUCAAGUCUAGGAUGUGUUUUGUUCUUUAAGGAAGCUUGAGCUAAUUCUAAAAUCUAAUGGAAGGCGCUGUCAUAAUAAGAGCAGGGCUUAACCUUAGCUUCACCUUCUCCUCGUCAGGAGAAUCAUGUGCAAUAUUGAAAAGGAAUCUUCUCGCCUUUAUGUCGGAUUUUCAAACCUGAAUAAAAUGGACGAGUCUUUGUCCCCAAGUCGACAAAUGAAACAAAGAAAUCGAUCGAUUUUGUGAGUUUUUUGGUGAUCUCGCUUAAAAAAAACAUAGAAUAAUUCUGACCCUAACUACUGGUUAUUUGGAGUGUUUUAUAACGUCCAUGGUGCAUAAUCGCACAACAAUCUCUCUUUCUGCAGAAAAGUGCAAAACAGUUUAAUUUACUGCUAAUUUGUAGAUUAUAUGAACAGCAGUCAUCGCUGAUAGAGGCCUUGGGCGAUACAUUUCUCAUUGGUCCACGAUCGUGUCAUUAAUCUUGCAUGUUUUUCUCUUUUAUCAGAUCUGUACGUCAUUUUAGAAAAUCACUUAGGCUGUGGUAAUUUUAUGAGAAUCUAUUACAAAAUUCAUUACCGUGGAGCACUUGUUGGCGGUAUCCCCCGAAAUUUGUAUAAGGCUGUAUUAGUGACGAUACAGAACUAGAAAAAAAAGAUGAAAUGAUUGGUGAAUUACAGGGUAGGAUUGUAUCACACUGUGUACUUAAACGCGCUGUGGGGUUAAAUUACAGUCUUCUUCGUCUGGCUAUUAAAUUUGGACCGAAAGCAUUCUUUCGACACACACAAAGAACAUCUACUUUGCUCAUAUACCCGCCCUCCUGAGAUAACAUCAUUCCAAAAGCAGAUAGGGGACAAUUGAGGUCAGAAAUUGUACAAUUAACUUGUAAUAAACCGGCAGAUAACAAUCUUUCUGCAAGAUGAAACCCAAUACUAACUCUUUUACCAGAUCAAAUUUACGUGGCUUCUUUAUAAAUUACAUAAUGUUUUGUGCUAAAUAGAAUCAAAAUGUAAUUAAGGAAUGACUUUGUAGAUAUCCUUUUUCCAUGAAAAUCUUGGAAUGAUCUACUAGUCUAUGCCCCUCUUGCUAUUUUGAUAUUUUAUAAAUCAUAGAACAUUUUUUUGUUACUCAAAUGGGCCGACCUAGUCGGAUGUUGGUUGAUGUACAUACAUCAAGUGGAGAAUAAUACACAGUAACCAUAUGCAUAUAACCUAGUACUUGAAACUAACUGCCAUCAAGUCCUAUUCAUCCCACAGACACAUUGAGAUAAUUUUCCGGUUUCACGCUAGUCUGGGAAUUAAGUCCCUAAUUUGGCCAUUCGUUUAUUAUAAAGCAGUAAAAAUUCUCGGGGAAAGCGGAAGAUAAUUUGCAUUUAUUUUCGACCCAGUGCUAAUUCAGAACACGCAUGUUGUAAAUUGUCAGGCACAUUCAAAACCAUUACAUAUUUAUGCAUGUUUGAACAAACUCCAAUCGACGAAAUUUUGGAAUUAGAAAUAAAUUUAUAUUGGUCUGUAUGCUUUAACAGACGGAAUUACUUUGACUUUAAUUUGGUGCUAAAAGGAUCCAAUUUUGAUAAAUUCUAUUUAAUGCUUUCCUAUGUUGUAAGUUAUUCCAGAUAUAUUCCCAGCUUUCAUCUCGCACAGGGGGGUGCCAGAAUCAGUAGUAUAACGUUUGCAUGUUAAUGUAUUGAACAAAACAGUUUAAACGGGUCAAUACUUGGACCCCACGUAUAUUUCUUCCCAUUUAACCAGUAUUUCUUCUCUAUCAAAUAUUAAUGGUAAGGUAACUUGUUCGGGUACAAAAAAAUCGAUACCUAAACACUUAAACUCCCCUAAAAUUUGUUUAAGAAUUUUUCUGUGUGGUUUUUGGCUUAUUUUUGGUAGAAAUUACCUAAUAAGUUAAAAUUUUCUUUAUGUAUAGAUUGUGACUAAAUAUUUGUUCCUGACGUUUGUUUAUCACAAGCCCAAUUCAGAAUCAAUUGAAACAUUUGCUAGAAACUGCUAAUUGCUGGAUUUUUUCAGUACUUAGAGUUUCGUGUCCCUUUCAGACAAUUAUCAGAUCGAGUGUUUGAACGAGGAUGGUAAAAUUAGUUGAAUAUUUCAUUUUGAAAUAUUUAUUGUGGUCAUAUUUCACAAAAUUGCAUGUACCUAUGUACACGAGCAUUGUGCGCCUGUAUUUUAAUUGCAUGUAGUAGAAGUGUAUUCCACUCGUAUGUACACGUUAUGGUCACUUGAGAUCUGAUCUGAUAGCUUCUCCAUAAACCCGAAGCUGCCCCGAGGCUGACAUUGUCAUCUAAACGCGAAUGGCAUGCGCUAGUAAUUUUUAUUUCAUAUUAAUGUCUUCAUGGUGUUAAGACAGAUUUUAUUAACAAGAAGUUAAUUGUUUGAACCAGACGUACAAUUUGUUUGGGGUAGAUAAAAUGACGUAAUUGGUGACGCCACGAUGUUUGUAAAGUGUUAUGCUACAAGACCUUUGCUAAUUAUCUCUUGUUUUAUACGUAACUGCCGGUUCUGUGUUCUGGUUGUAUUUUUGUACGUUGUUAUUUGUAAAAAAAAAAACCUAAUGGCAGAUGUAAAUAUAUAAUGAUGUAUUGAUUGUUACAUUUGAUGCUGAUAGAAGGUGUUAGUGUGAAGAAUACGAAAUGUGGGAUGAAAGGAAUUGACUGCAUGAAUGUAUGGCGUAUUUAUUUGUUUUUUAUGAUUUUACAGUAAAAAAAAAUAAUGAAUAUAAAAUAAAACAUUACAAGAAAUUAUGAA